UCCACAGUAGAGGAUGCAUCUCUUGCUGCUUACGGCUCUCUGAUCUCUCUUAGCUUGUUUUCUAGCUAGCGAUCUAAUGCUAACAACAUGAAACAGUGUUGAGAAAACACGACAUGUUCAGAAGAAAUGUUCCAAGCUUGCCACACAAUCGUAUUUUAUUGCCUGCCCCAAGACUGUAAGCUAACAAACGUUAUUCCCGCAUUUGUUCAUCUGAUUGUUUUUGUGACUGCAGUGCACUUGUAGCUAGCUAGCAUAACGUUACUGACUUGACAAUUCACAGCAAGCAACAGAGAUUUGUGAUGUAGCUACCAGUUGGUGGGAGUUGGCAACAAUCAAGCUAUGGAAGAUGAUUCCCCGACUCUGAAACCCAGGCGCAUCCAGAACCAGAAUGUGGUCCAUCGACUGGAGCGGCGACGGAUCUUCUCUGGCCGGGCUGCAGCCCACUGGUACCGUGUGCGCUGCUUCCACCAGAACCUUUUCCCCAACUUCACUGUGGUAAAUGUAGAGAAGCCUCCCUGCUUCCUCCGCAAGUUCUCCCCAGAUGGACGCUGCUUCAUAGCCUUCUCCUCUGACCAGACCUCCCUGGAGAUCUAUGAGUACCAGGGCUGUCAGGCAGCUGAGGAUCUGCUGCUUGGGCAGGAUGGGGAAACCCUGGCCAACGGCAAUGACCAGCGCUCCCUCAACAUCCGUGGCCGCCUCUUUGAGCGCUUCUUUUCCCUCCUGCACGUCACUAAUGUGGCCUCCAAUGGAGAGCACCUGAACCGAGAGUGCAGCCUGUUUACUGAUGACUGUCGCUAUGUGAUCGUGGGCUCAGCAGUCUACGUGCCUGAGGAGCCCUCUCCACACUUCUUUGAGGUGUACCGCAACAAUGAGUCUGUGACUCCCAACCCCCGCUCUCCUCUGGAGGACUACUCACUGCACAUCAUUGACCUGCACACUGGGCGGCUUUGUGACACCAGGUCCUUCAAGUGUGACAAGAUCAUCCUCUCGCACAACCAGGGACUUUACCUCUACCGAAACAUACUGGCUGUUCUUUCUGUUCAGCAGCAGACAAUCCAUGUCUUUCAGGUGACAUCAGAGGGGUUGUUUCUGGACGUGCGGACCAUCGGUCGGUUCUGCUACGAGGACGACCUCCUGACUCUGUCUGCGGUGUAUACUGAGGCCCAGGCUGAGGGCCAGCCAGGCUUCUCCCGCCUCUACAAGGAGAAGACCAUCAACUCCCUGAAGCACAGACUACUAGUCUACCUGUGGAGACGGGCUGAGCAGGACGGCAGCGCCACCGCCAAGCGACGCUUCUUCCAGUUCUUUGACCAGCUGAGACAGCUGAGGAUGUGGAAGAUGCAGCUGCUGGAUGAGCACCACCUCUUCAUUAAAUACACCAGCGAGGAUGUGGUCACCCUGCGAGUCACUGACCCCUCCCAGCCCUCAUUCUUUGUAGUGUACAACAUGGUGUCGACAGAGGUGUUGGCGGUCUUUGAGAACACUUCUGACAAACUUCUGGAGCUGUUUGAGAACUUCUGUGACCUGUUCCGGAACGCUACGCUCCACAGCGAAGCUGUUCAGUUCCCCUGCUCAGCCUCCAGCAACAACUUUGCACGGCAGGUCCAGAGAAGGUUCAAAGACACCAUAGUGAAUGCAAAGUACGGCGGUCACACUGAGGCGGUGAGGAGGCUGCUGGGACAGCUACCCAUCAGUGCUCAGUCCUACAGCAGCAGCCCCUACCUGGAUCUUUCCCUCUUCAGUUACGACGACAAGUGGGUAUCUGUGAUGGAGCGGCCCAAAACAUGUGGAGACCACCCCAUCCGAUUUUAUGCUCGGGACUCUGGAUUGCUGAAGUUCAAGAUCCAGGCAGGCCUGCUGGGCCGGCCCAUUAACCAUGCCGUCCGGCGGCUGGUGGCGUUCACAUUCCACCCCUUUGAGCCGUUCGCCAUCUCAGUACAGAGGACCAACGCUGAGUAUGUGGUGAAUUUCCACAUGCGGCAUGUCUGUGUAUGAGAGGAAGGCAGACCUGGAGAACUGUAGAGCAAACAGCGGCCAUUCUGCCUUUUCCUCUCCCCCUAGUGUGAAGAACACAAUAAGACUGGACUGUGGGAGGCACCAGUUGAAGUUGAAAUGGGGAGCUUGGGAUGGGUUGGUAUAGAUUCCUUACAGGACCAAAUAUGUUUAGGCUUUUCCAAAUCACCACAUACUUUUAUGUUUUUGGUCAAAUUUGAUUCUUAUACAUGUAUUUGUAUUUUUUGUUUUAUUUGUAUUUUAUUUCAAUAAGUGAUUUAAUCAUUGAUUGUGAUUUUUUAAAGGUUAUUAUGAAUAUUUUGCUACAGUAAAAGCUAUUUUCCAUAAUAUGCUUCGCUGAGUGGACCUAGUUAUUAGCCUGAUUGCCCCCCUUGUAUAGCCUCCCGAGUGGCGCAGUGGUCGAAGGCACUGCAUCGCAGUGCUAGCUGUGCCACUAGAGAUCCUGGUUCGA